GUCUGAAGCUGUUGAGCUGCUGAAGGCGUACAUACAGUACGAAGAUGCGAUGGAAAAGAAGCGAUUCGAUCUGCUGCUCUAUAAAGAAGUCGCUCACCAGACGGCACAUUCAUUGACGGGGGUCACCUUGUGUGCGCAUUUGUGUGUCGGUGUGUGUGUGUCGGUGUGUUAGACCUAGACAUGGUGGCGUCUGUCGCAGAAAAAGGAGGCAUACACGCACGCACGCACACACUCACACAAGUGCAGACACACCUGCGCUUGUUAUCUCCCUGUGUACCUUUGUGGUUUUCCACACAGAGAACGACAAUAUCAUCAAGUUCGAUCCGGAGAUCAUCAUGCUGGCGGGGAGUCUCGUUCCUGGCGCACGACUCAGCGACGUCAUUGCAAAGGGCGAGUAGACUCCUUGCCGCCACCGCUCACCAUUCACCGAAAGGAAGCGCACAACGACAGACAGACAGACAGACAGACAGACAGAGAGAGAGAGAGUGUGUGCGAUGGAGGUGUGUAUGUCAGUGUGCGAGCGGCUGUCGGUCGGUCCGUCAUUGUGUGUGUAUGUGGACAUAUACUAUAUUGUAACAUACAUCGUGCACCUGCCUGCCCGCCAAAGGAACCAUGCAUUAGUUUGUAGUGUGCCUGAGUGAGUGCGGUGGCCCGCACACUUCUCCAACACAGACGGGGUGGGUAAGCGAUGGUAGCUUGACAGACAGAGGGUCGGAUGGAUCACACGUGUAGCUCUCUGUUUGAGAAUUUUCUGUAUGGAUCUCACUCACCAUCUUCUUCCUUACCACCCCAUUCAUUCAAUACUCCUUCGUCUGCCAGUAUCAUGACGAUCCACACAGACGUACGAAAACAACCCCGAACAGACAGCCAAACUGCAUCUCCUCCCUCCCAGUCAACAAACCACCGGCCCGCCGGCCAUCGAGCUAGGUAUGUGUGUGUGCGCGUACCAGUGGGGAAACAAACACGAAAGAUCGUCCACGCACACGCACCUCACCCACCCCACCCUCCCACCCCUUCACACACGCACAGCACCGACUGCCAGCCAUGUAUACACACAUAUGCACACAUCAACCAUCCCUCCCUCCCUCCCUCCCUCCAGUCCCCUCCCUUCCUCCCCUACGGUGGGUGGAUGGGGGUAUGGGUGUUUGUGUGUCUGUAUCCUCAUGUGUCAGGGUCAGGUGAUGAAGAUGCGCCUGAUGUCGGUGAAGGGCUGUCGGCAUGGGGGGCACCUGCGCGAAUCUCUGUUCGGCGAGCAUCUUCAGCACAUAAUUGGCACACAACUCCUGGACACGCACGUGCACACACACAGAGGGAGAGAGGAAGAGAGGGAGGCAGAGAGAUAGAUGUGUGUGGUGUGGUGUGUUGUGUGUGGGUAUGUAAAGACAUACGUACCCGGUGUCCGCAGGGAAUGACUGCGUGUGUCGUGGCGGCCUUCCAGCAGAUGACGCACUCGAGCUUGCCGUCGUUCAGAUGCUCACACGCUACUUCGGCGUUUCGGUGACACACACAGACACACAGAUACAGACGACUCACACACGAGUGUAGUACGGUGUUGGGUGUUGGGUGUCACGAAGGCAUGGCUGCGCACCUCGGCCUCCGUGUGGAGGUCGGCUAUGCGCUUCAUGGCGGCCUGGCAAACACAUCAACACACACAUCCCCGCGCCGCAAGGUGGAUGCCCGCUUCUUCGCUGGAUGGGUGGGUGGAUGGAGUGUUGGGUACAUUACAUUCUUGACGGCGUUCAGGCGGGUGACCUCCUCAUCGAUCUGUCCAGAGAGCUUCAUGACGGCCGUCACCGAGCUCAACGAGCUGCAGUGCCGAGCUCAACGAGCUGCAGUGCUCCAGAGUGAGGCUGAUCGACACAUCCACACACACACACACACACUGGCAGCAGCACCCACUUACUUUGGGUCGGUGCUAGCUAGCACUGCUGCUGGGGCUGCUCGCAUCGGUGUUCGUAUUGUCAGCGGCGGUCGUGACACGCGAGUGCUCGGCUUCGAGAGCUUCAUGGACCGCCUGCAGGGCGGUGAGGGUCUCACGCACGGUUGACAGACUGAUGGAUCAUCACACACACACACGUAUACGCACACAAGAGAGGGAGAGGGAGGGGUGUGGGUGUGGGAAGGGGUGAGGGCUGGAUGAGGGAGAGCUUCGUACUUACCUCUGGUCAGUUUCUGCCUUCUCCUUGAGUGCGAUCUCUAGCUGCUGUCUGCACGACGUCAACUGCACACACAGAGGGAGAGAAGGAUGUCCGCAUGGAUGGAUAGAUGGAUGGAUGGAUGGAUGGAUCUGUGUGUGCGUACCUGAGCGCGUCAUUGCUCUGCCCGGCUUCCUGCAGCUGCUGUCUGCAAGCAGAAAUACCACACACGACACACACGAGCAUCUGUGUGUGUGAUGUGUGUGUGUGUGUGUGUGUGUGGAGGGGAGGGUACCUCAGUGCGUUCAUCUCCUCAGUGUCUGACGGCAAGUAGGCGCCCUUCUGACAGACAGACAGACAGACACACAGAGAUGUUAGCUUGUUUGACAUUCUCGAUGCUUCUGGCUGCUCGUGUGGCGCUCCUGCUCUCUGCUGCGCUUGCGCGUCCUCCCUCUUCGCACAUCUAAGCUCGCAUUCAUCGCUGGAUCGUGUUGGACAGACCGACAGGGGACUUGGCCGCCAGGCGCUCCCUGAAACCGCUGCUGCUGUCGCUGGAUCGCGAUGGCGCUGGUGUUGCUUCUGUUGCUGCGUGCUCUGUUUGCGGCCAACACCCUUGGCCACAGAGCGGACACGGUCUUCAUCGAGGGUCCCGCCCUGUUUCUGCCUCGGGGCAGAGGUCGCCGACACGUAAUAAGGUGGAAAGAAGAUCUCGAUGGUGUAGCAACACACAUCAGCGCGGUGUGCGAUGACAAAGAACGCGAGAUCGGCGGCUCUAUCUGACUCAGUGUGUCUGUGUGUGGUGUGUGUGUUGUGCAGCCUUGAGUGCGCCUGAUGGUGGCAUGGACACAGCCCCCGACGUGGUGGCCCCUGACGCAGAGGCUCCGUCUCCCUCCCGGCAGCCGCAGCGUGGCCCGCUGCCCAACCUGACGCUAUCGGAUGCUUUCCUGAAUGAGUGGAAGUUUUGGCAAAACGACUGGAGCCUCAGCAUCAAGUACACACACACACACACACACACUCGCCAAGCCAACGAGCGGAUGUGUGCGCGUGUGUGUCACGGUGUGCGUGUGUGUCAUCAUGUCAUCAGGAAGAUGUUUUCGUAUAAAGGGGAGCAGGACGACAUGAAUCUGCUGUUUUACGUGUGGCCCCUCUUGAUGGAGGUCAUGAGGCUGAGCGGCCGGCGCAUCCGCAUUUGGCUCGAGCACGACCCAUAUGGCCACCGCUUCAAGCACUUCAUCAUCGAGAAGGACGGCAGACAAGCAGAGCCCUCAGGCGGCCACACAUUCCUCCUCGUCUUUGGCAGAGAUCCCAACAUGUCGGGCCGGAAAUUCAUUGAAGCGCAGCUUCCCGUUGAAGACAUGCCUUACGGCGCCACCACCGUCGGCACCAGCCAUUGGUUCUUCUACAAGCACCACCGCAGCACGGGCAAGGUCGAGAAGAUCAAGAGGUUCUUUCUCCCCAGGGAGCCGCAGGAGGUCGUCGAUUUCCUGGUUUGGUGCCUCAACGAGGGGGAGAAGGAGACCCGAGAGAGGGCGGGGGAUGAGGGAGCAAAGCAAGGAGAGAGAGAAAGGGACGUCGAGAGGGAGCUGGAGGCCCUCCUUGCUGAGUUAGGUGUGGGAGUGAGCUGCCGCACCACCCAGCCAGCCAGGCGACUGGCGGACGGACGGGUGGUCGGCCAGAGAUCUGAAUAAGUGCAGCAUAAAUAAGCUGGUAGGCGUGUGUUUGUGUCUGUGUGUCUGUGGGUGUGUCUGUGUGCAUCUUGCUGCUGGCAAUGAAGUUUGCGUAGGCCGGCUGGCUGGUGUGUUGUGGUUUGUGUGUGUCAGCCUGACUGACAGACGGUUGGUUGCCUGACCUGUGGCUCAUUCAAUAGAUUGCCUGCCUGUCUGUCGUUGGUGUUGGAUCGGUC